AUGCUGUUCUGGCACACGCAGCCCGAGCACUACAACCAGCACAACUCGGGCAGCUACCUGCGCGAUGUGCUCGCCCUGCCCAUCUUCAAGCAAGAAGAGCCCCAGCUGUCCCCCGAGAAUGAAGCCCGCCUGCCCCCCCUGCAGUAUGUGCUGUGCGCAGCUACUUCUCCCGCCGUGAAGCUUCAUGAAGAGACCUUGACCUACCUGAACCAAGGUCAGUCUUACGAAAUCCGACUGCUGGAGAAUCGGAAGCUGGGAGACUUUCAAGAUCUGAACACAAAAUAUGUCAAGAGCAUCAUCCGCGUGGUUUUCCAUGACCGCCGGCUGCAGUACACGGAGCACCAGCAGUUGGAGGGCUGGCGGUGGAGCCGGCCUGGGGACCGGAUCCUGGACAUUGAUAUCCCACUGUCUGUUGGUAUCUUGGACCCCAGGGCCAGCCCGACUCAGCUGAACACAGUCGAAUUUUUGUGGGAUCCUUCAAAGAGAGCCUCUGCGUUCAUUCAGGUGCACUGUAUCAGCACGGAGUUCACCCCGAGGAAGCACGGGGGUGAGAAGGGCGUGCCUUUCCGGGUGCAGAUCGACACCUUUAAGCAGAACGAGAACGGGGAGUACACGGAGCACUUGCACUCGGCCAGCUGCCAGAUCAAGGUGUUCAAGCCCAAGGGGGCCGACCGGAAACAGAAGACGGACCGGGAGAAGAUGGAGAAGAGAACUGUGCAGGAGAAAGAGAAGUACCAGCCAUCCUACGAGACCACCAUCCUCACAGAGUGCUCGCCAUGGCCUGAUGUAGCCUACCAGGUCAACAGCGCCCCUUCCCCAAGCUACAACGGCUCUCCGAACAGCUUUGGCCUCGGCGAAGGCAACAACUCUCCGACCCACCCAGUGGAGGCCUUGCCCCUGGGCACUGAUCACCUGCUCCCAUCAACCUCCAUCCAGGAUGCCCAGCAGUGGCUUCACCGCAACAGAUUCUCACAGUUCUGUCGACUCUUCGCCAGCUUCUCGGGUGCUGAUUUGCUAAAGAUGUCUCGAGAUGAUUUGGUCCAGAUCUGCGGCCCCGCAGAUGGGAUCCGGCUCUUCAAUGCCAUCAAGGGCAGGAAUGUGAGGCCAAAGAUGACCAUUUAUGUGUGCCAAGAGCUGGAGCAGAACCGAGUUCCCCUACAGCAGAAGCGGGAUGGUGGGGGAGACAGCAGUCUCUGUGUGUACCACGCCAUCUUCCUGGAAGAGCUCACCACGGUGGAGCUGAUUGAGAAAAUCGCCAACCUGUACAGCAUCUCCCCGCAGCACAUUCACCGAGUCUACCGGCAGGGCCCCACGGGCAUCCACGUGGUGGUGAGCAACGAGAUGGUGCAGAAUUUCCAAGAUGAAUCGUGCUUUGUCCUCAGUACCUUAAAAGCUGAGAGCAAUGAUGGUUACCACAUCAUCCUGAAGUGUGGCCUCUGA